AUGGCUUCCACCAUCAACUCCAUGCCUGCUGCAAACAGCGCGUCGGGCAAUGCCGUCAAUCCUGCGGCGCAGAAUUCGGGUCGUCCCUCGCUGAGACCCAGCGCCAGCACCAAGGGGUCUGACGGUCGACGACAGUCGGGCAGCCCUGCGGACGGUGGAAAUAGGCGCAGCAAUUCCCAGAAGGCCUGGACCCAAGGGACCAAUCCCAUUACCCAACGUACUUCAUACGCAUCAUCGAACGGAAACACGUCCCACCAGAGGCAGACGGGUUCACCUCGACCGGGCCAGAAGGAAUCAAAUACCCCGGACAGCCAUGCUCAUGACCGUCUUGUCUUCCUCUUUGCUAGCUUCAUCGGUCUGAACACCACCAUUACCACCAAGUCAGGGGACAAAUUUACCGGCAUCUUCUCCUCUUCGACCCUUGAAGCCAGCGAUUCGUCGUUCCUGCUGAAGAUGGUUCAGCGCGCCUCUCAGGAGAACCAACCCAAAGCCAACGGUGUUAGCGAGGUCACAAGUCCAUACUUAGGAACCGGACCUGACCACAGCAUGGCAUUUGAUAUCAAGGACGUCGCGGAUAUCGCCGUGCCCAAUGUGGUCCCGGCAGAGGUUUCGGCAAAGGAAUCAAACGGCGCGUCGGCUGGCUUCAAGACUGAUGCUGAUAUUUCUGGGAACCUGGCGAUGCGAGAACGAACUUUGAAGCGCUGGGAGCCCGCUGAGCACGAGGUCGAUAUGUCACUCGAAAGCACCACAACGGCAGGCUGGGACCAAUUCGAGACAAAUGAAAGACUCUUUGGUGCCAAGACCAACUACGACGAGCACCUGUACACGACUCGCAUUGACCGCUCGGAUCCGGCCUUCAAGCAAAGGCAGGCUGAGGCGGCUCGCAUUGCUCGCGAGAUCGAGGGUACUGAUGUGGACAAUGUCCAUAUGCGUGAGGAACGAGGUCUGGUGGCGCCCGACACUGGCGAUCAAGAUGAAGAAGACAAAUACAGCGGUGUUCGUCGGGACGACAAAACUUUCCCGCCUCUUCUCUCCGGCCAACCCAACAAAUACACCCCUCCUGCACGCCGAGGGCCUGGUGGCCCGCCUGUAGCAGCGAGGCAGCCUACUCCUUCCAAAGAGGCUGUGCCGCAACAGAACCAACCCCAGGCGACACAAGGUGUCAAAGCCCCUGCUGAUGCCGACCAGAAGUCUGCCAAGCGGGCGGUGCCUGAUAAUGCCACGGCUAAUGUCGAGGCUGAAGUGUUGGACCACUUCCGUCAGUUUGCGAACAGUGAGAAGUUGAAGAUGCAGGAGCGCCGUCGCAACCAAGCAUCGUAUGAUCGGACGAUCAAGCUGAACGAGUUGAUGAAGUUCUCGAAGAACUUUAAGCUUUCUACUCCAGUGCCAAAGGACUUGGUGCCGAUUCUGGCGAAAGACCCCCACAAGCAAGAGGUGAUCAUUCAACGCGCUCAACAGUCAAUUGAUGACAAACCAACUCCGAAGGCUAAUACUGUUGCUCCUGAACAAAAGCCACAGGCUCGUGGUCCCACUGGCGCAAUGCCUCCUGCGGCACCCUCCGAUCGUCAGAACCUCGCGCGCGGCCGUCAGGGACACCUCCCCACUGGUCCUCUUGCUGGCCCGGGAGGCCGAUUCCCUCAGCAAGCGAUGCAGCCAGGCCGCCCUGGCACGGGCAUGCUUGGUCACCGCCUGCAGGACAAUCUUCAGCAACGAAAGGGGGCCGGCAUGGGCCCUGUUCCCGCUCCUCUGCCCAUUCAGGAUGCUCGCGGCCCCCCCACUGGCCCAGCCAGCGAUCAACCCAAGGUUACGAGCCCGGUGAAGACUCAGACACCGACUUCUGCCGCGGCGUCCAAGUUCAAUGUCCGCGCUAUGGAAUUCAAACCCAAUCCCGCUGCGAGUACUUUCACACCUGGUGGCGCCCCCUCUACCAGCGCUGCCGGUUCUGCGGUUAGCCCACGACCAUUCUCUCGCAACCGGUCUGUGUCGCGUGCUACCACCCCGUCUGCUUUCUUUGGUGCGAGGAAGCCGCAGCCUAUUUCGGAGCGGCCAUCCAUUGAUGAUCAGUUCAAUCCCAUCAAGCGCAUGAAAAAAGAAAGUGCUGCGCAGUCUGACAAGCCUUAUACCUUCAAUGGCGGAAUCCCACCGCCUUAUAAAACCCUUCCCACCUGGGAUGUUUCCGAGGGCAGGGAGGAGACAACCUAUGAUCAGAUGUUCAAGCAGCCAGUCGGCGCUUCCUCGGUCUCGCCACAGGGUCGAUCCGCGUCCAACAACCCUCAUAUGCCGCAGCAACACCAGAUGCCGUUCCAGUACCAGCAGCAAAACUCGGGAAUGCCUCCUUCGUCCGGCCCUCCCAAUGGCCCACAUCAUCUUCAUCCCCAAGGCCCUCACGGCUCUGGUCCGUCUCACAUGGAUGAUCACCACCGCAUGCAGUUGUCUGCAUCGUCUUCACAGGUCUUCCCUUCUCCGCGGAUGCAGCAGGGCUACCCUUCUCCCAUGGCCCCUCACGCUCAGCUGGCUUUCGGGCAGCCGAUGCCGCAAUUUUAUGGCGGGCCUCAGCCCAACCACAUGAGACAAUAUCAAGGUGUGCCCCAGUUCAUGAACCCACAGGCCCCUAUGGGGGCGCCUAUGAUGGUCCAGCAACCUUCCAAUGGCCCGUAUAUGGGCGUCCCGCAGAACAUGUCUCCAUACAACCCCCAGAUGCAAAUGUACUCGCCGUCACCGGGCCACGCCUACCCACAGCAUGCCCCUCCUCCUCAGCCGCCUAGCGGAUAUCCAAGCCCCAGCCGCGGUGCCCCCAUGAUGAUGCAUCAGAACUCGCAAUCGGGUCAACCCCCGCAGCCCAUGAUGUUCAUGCCACCUGGCCAGCAGCAAGGACACAUGCCUCCCGGGCGUGGCGGUUAUCCACAGCAGCAGCCUCACUACUCCUCAAGCCCGCACCAGUCCCAUCACUACCCUCCCAAUCAGCAUCGGACGCCAAGCAACAGUUUCAACCAGAUGCCGCAAAUGCCACCGCAGAUGUCCAAUACCCCUGCACCUUCGGGCACGGGAUCUCAUUCCGCCGAGACUGGAGAUGAAGGGAAAUGA